UUCUAGAGAAUUGUUUGGAGAUGUCAACGCCUGCAUCUAUUAAAGCGAUGGAAAUUGCACGUGAAAAGGCUGCACGGCGUCAUAGACAAAGUGAUACGGCUGGGUUGGCACCACUUACACAACCGUGGUCACCGCGAGCUUACUACUAUGGAGUUUAUCGCGGAAGGAGUAUCGAUUUUACUGCGGAUAAAGCAGGUGGGCGACAGUAUACGAGUUUUGAAGGUGGAAGGAAGGAAAUAGAGCUGCGGUCACCGCCAAAACCACUUACUCCGCCUCCUGUGGAAGAUGUGCCAAUCGAUGUGGAUACCGAUGAUUACAAAGUAGAUGCCGAUGAUGUCAUUUGCUUUAGCGGUCGUCAGCACUUUCUCUCAAAUUUAUAUCCCGUUACACUAACGGUGGACGGACAUGACUAUCCGAGUGUGGAGCACUAUUAUCAAGCUUGUAAACUGUAUACAUUGGGUGGUGCCCGACUUGCCGCACAACUUCGUAAUAUACCUGAUGCUGGUUUGGUCAAAGCUCAUACAAAGAAAUUGUUGCGUUCAGCUAACGUUUCAUUAGAGAAGGUGGAAGAAUGGAAGCGUACUCAGGGUCCAGUACUAUUACAUCAUGCAAUAGUCCACAAGUUUGUGCAAAACCCUGAACUUCGCGCAAAACUUCUGGAAACAGGUGACGCAUUGCUUGCACAUACAUACGAACGGGAUAAUAUCUUUGCUACCGGUUGCGACAAGGAGAAGAUGUUAGAAUGGGCGAAAAAUAAUAAUGGGCAAAUAAUUAAGAUUCCGACCAAAAUAGAUAAUGGAACAUUGGUGUACAUUCCAUUAGUAGGCGAAGGCAAAAAUGUUCUUGGCUUUAUCAACAUGAAGGUUCGUCAGCAGCUUCUGCAGUUUAAAGCAACACAGGCAACACAGCCACCUCUGACGGAUCCAAUCAUGAUGGUAGCCAUGCAAACACUGAAACUGGAUAGUCCAACAAAAGCGGAAAGUAUGACAAACUGAGGCAUACAUCAGAAAGCCAACAUGAUCUCGAAGUAAUCAUCGUAUGGAAGCCAUUCCAGAAAAUUACUGAAGCUAUUAGGAUACUUUCCAUCACAAUGUUUUGUAUUUUGCUGUUCCAAACUUGGUUUUGAAAGGCAUAUCGGAAACAUUGCAGUAAUUUUCGAGGAAUAGUUUUCAUUCAUAUUUCUGGAUUUAAGAAUGUUGGCAUCCUCGCUUAUCAUGGCUUCUCGUUUUGCCCUCUUCCUCUUUCUACCCUCUCUCCAUCCCUUACAUAUUCCUGCUGCUUGCAUCAAAAGGUUUUGCAUGCUGCUUUGAUCGACUGGAUAGGCAACAUGUUCAAGUUUUUCACGAUAAAACAAUUUUUUUUCUGGCAAUUGCUGCAGUGCAGUGCUACUGUUUAGUUUUAUCUCUCUUUCUAUAAAUUAGUAAAAGAUUUUCCGGAAAAUCUGUUCAGAGCUCUCUUCUCUUUCCUGCUAUUCUUGUUAUCCGGGAUGAAUAAUCAACAUGAAAAUCUCUUCGCAGUGAACAUGUACAGGUUUUGAGUUCUUCAAAUUCUCUCCCAUCUUUUCUUAUUGGCUUAUUAUGCAGGAAUUACAAGCAAAAUAUGAAAUUCUCUUUCAUGAAUGACGUCGUUGACCGGAAAUCAUGGGUAUGUACCUUUGAUAUUUAUGCUUUGAUUUUUAUGUGAUUGUUUUCCUAUGAAAAUAUUCCCGGUUAGCAGACUAUGCUAACAGCGCCCUCUUCAGGUCUAAAUCCGUCUUCGUUUCUAUUCAAUUUUCAAAUUUUAUUCAUUUGAUCCAGAAUUUGAGACCUUUUCCAUGACAGUUUCUAGGACAGUAAGAAAAUACGAGUAAGAAAGAGUCGCUGUUUCCUUAGUCGCCGUUUUAUCCUGUUGGAAUGUCUUGUUCAGUUUUACAUGCUGUAAGAGGGAGUGUAUGGUUAAAAGUUCGUGCCGAGUGCUUCUUUUUUGCGUUAAAUUUGAAGUUAUAAAGUAUUUCGUC